CGUUUGUUAUUUUCGUACCGCCGAGCUUCCGUACUCAGUCAGACAAUCGCUGGUAGCAAACCAACAGUAACCCACAGUUCCUUUCAGAACAGUUUUCAGUAACGCUAUGGCAUCGUCUGCAAUGAUCACCGUUCCGACUACCGCCUCCCGUUUUGCCCUGCUCCAGAUAGACUCAGAUUCGGAUUCUGACGCAUCUGAGCCAGGGAAGUCAAACACCAAAACCGGACGAGACUCCUCUGGGAAGCCUCGACAGGGAAAAGCUGGAGCUGCGGGGGCCAAAGCUGCGCAAGGCAACGAAAAGAAAAAGGACAAGAAAAAGAAGAAGAAGGAACAGCAGCAGAGUGAGGCAAAUGAAUUGCGCAAUUUGGCCUUCAAGAAGAUUCCUCAGAAGUCCUGUGCCCCACCACCCUGUAUGACCCUGUCAGGAAUAGCCAGUGAACUUCUUAAUCCAGCACCAGGGUACCAUAACACUCCUUCGGAGGGGUGGCAACAGUGGAAGCAGCGAGAUGAGCAGAUAACUACAGAACUUUAUGAGGCAGAUCUGGAAAAGGCCCUGAUUCUAAGUAAACUGGAGUAUGAACAACAAAAACAGCAGAGUAACACAAAUGCAUCUUCACCUAAAUCACGAGGAGGAAAAGAGGGUGGAGGAAAGAAGGAGAAGAAGAAGAAUCAGCAAGCAAAAGACAAAAAGACUGUCUCUCUGCAAGACUUCCAGGCUGAAGGCAAUGCAGAGCAUUUGUGUAGGAAACAAGAUAAAGAGGACUCCAGGGCGGCCAACCCUGCUUUAGGGAUGGGGCAGGAGGAACGAUUUUUUAAUAAAUUGGAAGAUGAUGUAAGUCGUAUUGUCCAAAGAGAGAAAAGACGUGAACAAUAUGCCAACAGCCAAGGGCAGGAAGUCAAUACUUCUACAGAACACGAACCAGAUCCCCGAGCAGAACAACUGAAGUACGAGCUGGAGAAGAAAGACCAGGAGAUCGAUAAGCUAAAGCAGACCAUCUCACAGUGGGAGGUAAAGUACAAAGAGGUGAAAGCAAGAAAUGCCCAGCUGCUUAAGAUGCUCCAGCAGGGAGAGAUGAAAGACAAAGCAGAAAUCCUUCUACAAGUAGAAGAACUACUUCAUAUUAAAGAAGAACUGUCAUCACAGGUAUCGUUAUUACAUGCUGCCCUUGAACAAGAAAGAUCUAAAGUUAAAGGGCUGCAGUCAGAACAACCAAAACAUCAGGGUAACAAGAAGGGGAAGAAAGGCUCUGAGACAGAUCUAUGAAGGAAAAAAGUCUGACAAGAGAAACUAGCUCCUUGUCAGACUGCAUGUCCUCCUAAACACUCACACAAAGUACACUCCAGACAUGGCAUGCUGUGUUACACAACUGAGCAAGAUUUACAGAAUCUUUUAAACAUAUUUGAGUUUAAAGUCUGUUUUAAAAUGAUUGCUUGGCGCCUUGUGCUGCCCCCUGCAGGCAUAAAAGUACCACUGCAUCUUAAGUACUGUUAUAGGCUGUGUACCUAAUUUUUUCAUGGGUUUUGAUGCCAAAAUAACAGACUGAAAUGUGUUUUUGUUUUACCUCUCACUGUUGAGUAAAUAAAAUACAGUUCAGUGAAAA